GAGAAACCUCGUCAUCACAUUAAACUGACGGUCGUACAGUAAGCUGUCAAAAGCUUGUUGCUUAAAUCUGUGUAACGUAACGAAGUAAAGAAGAAAUUAGGCCGGACAAGAUUAAAUUCUUUAAAGAGGGCCAACAAUGUUUAGCUGUUAGACGGGCGUUUUGAGAACACUUGGCAUGUUGUUUUCGUUAGUUCAGUUGGGUGUCGUCCGUCUGUCCUAGCUGCUGCGUGAUACCGUUUCCAGAGGAGGGCUGUUGGUGCCUGAUGAUGAGGUCCCCAACAGAAGUGCCUUUGAGAAGACAACAUCAGUCUAAAAUUAGUCUAUAAUAAUUUUUUCGUUGUUGCUCUCUUUAAUGUCAAGUAUCAACCCAGGAUACCUCAACUCCAAGACCUUUGACAUCAGUUUGCACACACCCAGCACCUAGAAGGCUUUUACUUGAGUCAUAAUAUAAAAGCAAGAGAUGUCAGAGAAUAAAGACCUGAGAAUGUUACACUAAAGUGGCAAGUCUGAGCUCCCUCACUGGUUCGAUCUGUACAGAGCCUUUCACUGCAGGAAUACACAGACUUUAGCUUGCAAAAAAAAAGUUUUAUGUGACUUACGGCUGAUGGAUGAUCUCUAAGUGAUUGACUAGCCAUCCAUUUCUCUGCUGCAGCUGAUGGAGGAGUCACCGUCUUGUUGCUAAAGAGGAUAAGUUGCACUUGCAGCUGAACCUUUGACUAAACUCGAGCUUUCGCUGUGUAAAGCUUUAAAUAUUAACUUUUACCCUAAAACUUUUUGUGUUAAAAAAAGAACAGUUGGACAUGGCGUUGAAUAUGUCCACAGUAAGAGACACAAAAUGGCUGACUUUGGAAGUUUGUCGGCAGUUUCAGCGAGGAAACUGUUCACGUAGUGAUGAGGAAUGCAAAUUUGCACAUCCGCCGAAGAGCUGCCAGGUGGAGAAUGGCAGAGUUAUCGCCUGCUUCGAUUCACUGAAGGGCAGAUGCUCAAGAGAAAACUGCAAGUAUCUCCAUCCACCCUCACACUUAAAAACCCAGCUGGAGAUAAAUGGACGCAACAAUCUCAUCCAGCAGAAGACGGCAGCAGCUGUGCUCGCCCAGCAGAUGCAGCUUAUGAUCCCAGGCCCCAGUCUGCAGUCCAUGCCAACAUUUCCUGUUACACAGGGACUUGGCUCUAAUGCUAAUCUUGGUUACGGUUCAUACAUCACAUCCUUGAAUCAUGGGAUGAGCCUCAUUCCCUCAGACAUCCUCUCCAGCACCCCGGUUCUUGUUCCCGGCAGCCCAGCUGUAACAGUUCAGUGCUCCUCGUCCUCCUCUUCUUCCUCCUCUUCUUCUCCCUCACAGAAGUUGCAGCGCACAGACAAAUUAGAGGUAUGUCGUGAGUUUCAGAGGGGAAACUGUGCAAGAGGCGAGACAGAUUGCCGCUUUGCUCACCCCAGCGACAGCCCAAUGAUCGAUGCCACCGAUAACACCGUCACUGUUUGCAUGGACUACAUCAAGAGCCGCUGCUCCAGGGAGAAGUGCAAGUAUUUCCACCCGCCCGCACACUUGCAGGCCAAAAUCAAAUCCAGUCAACAGCAAGCCAGUCAGACGGGCGUGGGAGCCCAGGCCUCAGCUGCAGGCAUGACUCAGUCGACUGCCAAAGCAAUGAAGCGACCCCUCGAGGCAACUGUAGACCUGGCCUUUCCUCACAGUCUCCUACAACCUUUACCAAAGAGACCGGCUCUUGAGAAGAGCAACUGGGGCAACUCACUCCUCACGCCCAGUUUAUUGCACUACCAACAGGCUUUGGCCAACACACAACUACAGCAUCAAACGGCUGCAUUUUAUCCCACAGGUUCUGUCUUCUGCAUGACUCCCGCUAACAGCGUUGUCCCCAUGAUGUACAGUGCUACGCCUGCUACUGUCUCUGCAGCAACUACUCCUGCCACAAGUGUUCCCUACGCAGCAACAGCACCAGCCAAUCAGAUCAUCCUCAAGUAA